AUGGCGCUCUCAGCCUUCCAAGCCACCAUGAAAGAUCUUCUCGCGAACGGGAAGUACUCCGACAUGGUGAUUUCAUCACAGGGGCGUGAUUUUGCAGUCCACCGCGCAGUGGUCUGCUCUCAGUCGACCUUCUUCGACGCUGCGAUGAAAGGUGGCUUCAAAGAAGGGGCCACAUCUCGAAUUGAGUUACUAGAAGACGACCCGGAGAUAAUUGAGCGCGUUCUCAAUUUCUGCUAUCUGCAAGAUGAAAGCAUGUACCCCGGCGGCUACAUUGUCGAUUUCAGUGACUUGGAGACACUGAUACGCACCCAGCUUGCGGUAUGGGUGGCAGCUGACAAAUUCCACAUCCCUGCUCUUCAGAAACUUGCGCGGAGCAGACUUCUGGUCUAUCUGCGCAACUAUGAAGCUAGGGACAUCGAAGACUUGGUUGGUGUCCUGCGCAAUAUACGGCGUUCGAUCUUACCCCAAGAUGAUGGAUUCCUCGAAUGCAUCACCGGCAUCAUUCUCUUCCGUACUCGCAUUUUCCUGAAUACCGACACGGGGGUUGAGUUUUUGAACGAGGAGCCCGAGCUGGCAGUGACGGCACUGAGAGUCGUCGUUGAGGAAAGAGACCGACUCGCCCCUGGGAAUGUGAACCUCAAACGGCGGGUAGUGAAAGAGCCGGAGCACUGA